GUGUAAUUGUAAAUAAAGGCGCAUUUUCUGACACACUUAAUUGCGUCUUUAUGAUGUACGUAAAUAUUUGUUGAUAUGGAGGGCUCCAAGUCCUCCAGUACAACCAUGCAGGUCAGCUUUGUGUGUCAGCGCUGCAGUCAGCCUCUUAAGCUGGAUACGUCUUUCAACGUACUUGACCGUGUCACCAUCCAGGAACUGAUUGCUCCACUGGUCACAGUGACACCCAGCAAGCAGACAGAAAGCAAUGAGGAGGAAAAUGUUCCAGAGGAAACCUUUGUGGAAUCAAAACAAGAUGGAGUCUCAAGAAAAUACAUUCCUCCUGCAAGGAUGAUGUCCACAGAGAGCGCCAACAGCUUCACUCUGAUCGGAGAAGCGUCAGACGGGGGCACCAUGGAGAACCUGAGUCGAAGGCUGAAGGUGACCAGCGACCUGUUUGACAUCAUGUCGGGUCAGACGGACGUAGACCACCCCCUGUGUGAGGAGUGUACCGACACUCUGCUUGACCACCUGGACACACAGCUCAACAUCACAGAGAAUGAGUGCCAGAACUACAAGAACUGCCUGGAGUUGCUGUCCCAGCUGCAGGAGGAGGAGGAGGACAGCCUGCUGCGGGAGCUCCAGAAGCUGGGCGAGGAGGAGGCGGCCCUGGUGGGGGAGCUGGAAGCGGUAGAGGAGCAGCGGGCGGCUGUGGCCGAGGACUUGGUCCAGGGACGUAUCCACUCCCAGCAGUUAGACACAGAGGAACUGCAGUACCAGAAGGAGUACAGCGAGUUCAAGCGGCAGCAGCUGGAGCUGGAUGAUGAGCUCAAGAGUGUGGACAACCAGAUGCGCUACUGCCAGAUCCAACUGGACCGCCUGAAGAAGACCAACGUCUUCAACGCCACCUUCCACAUCUGGCACAGUGGACAGUUCGGCACCAUCAACAACUUCCGCUUGGGCCGACUACCCAGCGUCCCCGUGGAGUGGAACGAGAUCAACGCCGCCUGGGGUCAGACGGUGCUGCUGCUCCACGCCCUGGCCAACAAGAUGGGGCUACGCUUUCAGAGAUACCGCCUGGUCCCAUAUGGUAACCACUCUUACUUGGAAUCACUCACCGACAAGUCCAAGGAGCUACCUCUGUAUUGCUCGGGGGGUCUGCGGUUCUUCUGGGACAACAAAUUUGACCAUGCCAUGGUGGCCUUCUUGGACUGUGUGCAACAGUUCAAGGAGGAGGUGGAGAAGGGAGACACUGGGUUCUGUUUGCCCUACAGGAUGGACGUAGAGAAGGGCAAAAUUGAGGACACGGGUGGCAGCGGCGGCUCCUACUCCAUAAAGACCCAGUUCAACUCAGAGGAGCAGUGGACCAAAGCGCUCAAGUUCAUGUUGACCAACCUCAAAUGGGGCCUGGCGUGGGUGUCAUCUCAGUUUUACAACCGAUAGAGGACGACGAGGACUUAGUCUGGGCUGGACCCACAGCUCCACUAAAACCACAAAUGUUUUCUAUUGUUCUAUUCGCGGGCGUACUAUUUCCUUAGUUCCUCUCAGAUCUUUUUCCAAAAGGCUCAGUUGUUUUGAGAUGAUUGGGAGAUGACUUGAGGGAUGGAAAUGAGAAAGGACUUCAAGAUCCACCGAGGGGCGUUUCUUUAAAAAAAAAAAUAUAUAUAUAUAUAGUUAUCUGCCGGAAAUGCUCCAAUUUGUUAGAACUUAAUAAUAUAUAGAAAAACAAUUUAAAGAAUUACAAAUAAUUCACUUAAAGGAAAACUCUUGAUUUAUUCAUCUUACAGUGCAAUCCAUGCAUUUGGACAGUGACAUAAGUUUGUUGUUUUGGCUCUGUACUCCAGCACAUUGGACUUGAAAUGAAACACUGACUAAGAGGUUAAAGUCCAGACUGACAGCUAUAAUUUAAGUGUAUUUACAUCCAUGAACUGUAAAUCAUGUAGGAAUUACACCCCUUUUUAUACAUAGUCCUCACAUUUAAGUUGACAAAAAGUAAUUGGUCAAAUUAUCAAUCUUAAAUAAAGAUGUCAUACACUCACCUGGCCACUUUAUUAGCUGGACCUGCUUGUUAAUACUAAUAGCCAAACAGCAAAGCAUGUGUCUGCAAUUCAAUGUACAAAGCAUGUGACAUGAUUAAGGGGUUUAGUUGUUUGACCAAAUAUUAGAAUGAGGAAGAUGUAUGAUUAAACUCAAUUUGGCCUUGGUGGUUCGAUCAUCUCAGAAACAGCUGACCGGGGCAUUUUCACACACUUGAUUUAACAGAUUGGUACGAUAAACAAAAAACAUCCAGUGAGUGGCAGUUCUGUUGGGAAAAACAGCUUUAUAAGAAGAGAGGUCCAAGUCAUUCAAGCUGACAGAAAGGCCACAUAUACUGAAAAAAACACUGUCUGAAAGCCCUGUAUCAUUUAGAAUUAUUUCCUUUGUGAUCAGCAUAAUCGAAGUGGUAAACUUAAAAAAAAAAAAAAUUGCGUUCCAAUCCAAUUUUAUCUCCUUAUUUUGUUCCUAUAUUGAGUACUCAAACUAUUUAAGUUCACCUAGGCUAGUGGUCAUGAUGGCAUGAUGAUGAAACUGAGCUAUCUAUAUACAAAGACCCUCUAAAUGUGGAUUGGUGAAAGCAUCAGAUGCCUGCCUGGUCCAAUUCUUAUUGAUCAGUGCAAAUGAAGGGAAGGAUACUAGGUUGUGAAAUUGAUCUAUUGAGAUGCAGCACUCGAAUGGGUUCUUAUCAAUGAAACCUGCUUACUGAUAUUCUCCAUCAGCAAGGCUAGAGAGGAACAUCUGGUUUCGUGAUUAUUUUCUGAUUUUCUGACCCGCCACAGGCACAAGAUAAUGGACAUUGUCCACAUUCUAAUAUUUAGUUUUUUAUACUGCACUGACAAGGAUUUAAUAUUUUUUCAGUGUGCAAUGGAACACAUUCUCAAUGAUAAUGGACCCGCAUAGAACUCCUUAUGUAAAGUAACUUCCUUUUACAAGGAAGUUACUUUAUAAUAGUACCAGCAGGUCAUUGGUUGAGAGAAAUAGGAGAUUUUAAAGAUCCCAGCAAUGUAAUACAGUAGAAGUCAGCAGGACAUAAGUGUCACAUUGUUCUGGCAAAAAAAAUUUGACAACCAUCUCACAUGAAGCUGAAAUUUCAAUGCACUGAAUGUGUAUUUCAUUACAAGUCAGAGAUAGAGAUUUUACAUAGCAAAACCAUUGAUUUGGAUGGUUGCUAUUUCCUUUGAGUAUAGCUGAGUUUGUCUCACUAUUACCAGUUCUGCUUUUCUCUGGCAUACUGUGCUGAACUGUGAGGUCACUUUUGACGAUGUACAAAAAUAAUUGCAAAUAUGUAGUGUAAUGUUUGACUUUUAAUUGGGACUGCACAAUUUGCAAUAAAUAAAGCCUUAUUUUCAGAUGCUA